UUCUCUUUUACACUUCAGGCGAUGGCAUCAAAUUAUGCCAAGCGCAUGGCAAGGUUGAGCUCCAGAAUCUUCGGCCAACUUGUUCGUCCAACCAAUCCAACGUCUAUGCGAGUUGUCAAUAAAAUCAGCAAAGAACCAAUUGAACAGCAGAAAUUUUAUGUUGAUUACUACCCUCCACAUGUGGAGAUUUCACGAUUGAUGUUCAGACUCCGGCACUUUGGACUUUAUAGGGAUGAGCAUGCAGACUUUAAAGAUGAAAUGAAGAGAGUAGCAAAGUUAAGAGGCAAAGGAAAACCAAAGAAAGGAGAAGGUAAACGGGCUUUGAAAAGGAAAUGAUUCAAGCAUAAUAUACUGAUGUAUUGUGGAUGUUCAGUAACCUCUCAAGGAAACACCUGAGUGAGGAGGUACUCAUUUGAAAAAUCACUGCUGUAUAAUACAAAUUGAAGGCAAAGAAAUUUCUGAAACAUCUCUUUUUUGAGGAAGUGGUCCAAAUAAUGUGAGGGCAGUGUUUAUGCAGUUAUUCAUAAUAAGUUGAAGAGGAUUGCAUGACUUUUUUAACCUACCAUGUUUAAAGAACUGUAAUUAACCAAUCGUAAAAGUUUGGAUAUUAUAUCUCAGAGUGACAUUUCAAUAAUGUUAUCUAUUUAUGGAUAAUAGAAUAAAUUGUUUAUGCUCUGUGCACACUAUCAAAUAGUCAUGUGCCUAUAUAUGGUUAUGAUGUGCCUAUAUAUGGUCAUGAUGUGCCUAUAUAUGGUCAUGAUGUGAAGGCAUAGGCAAGACUUCUUUUAUACCUUUUUUAGCGAACCUGCCGCCCUCCAAUAAUGAUGAUUUAGAUUUAAAAAUAUAAUUUUAUUUUUGGCCAAUUACCGCACCCACUGCCAGGAAGUAAUGGAAAUUUAAGAUAAAAAAAAAUUUAUCACGCCUGCCGCUGCCUUGAAAUCUCAAAAAAUAAGAUAUGUAUAUUUCUUCUUAAUUAUAUAAAUUUUAAGCAUAUCGCCAUCUCAUUACCACACU